AAUUCUUUUCCUGUCCGGAAUUGUCUGCUCUGAUUGAUCCCCCGCUAUUUCGUCUUCACGGGUAUAUAGAGGUUGUCCGACCCAUUUCAAACAGACAGAUCAGAUUGUAUACUUAUAUCGGACGACUCGGCGACCAACAGAAAAUGUCCGACAAAGACGAAGUCCAGUACAGCACCGCUCAACCCGUCGUUGAACGACCCAGCUUCUGGAGCCGGGUCGGCGCUCAUUUCAAGAAAUGGUGGUGGGCUCACUUUAUUGUCUUUGCGAUUGUGGUGUUGGUUAUUACUUUACCUCUGGUAUACGUCGGCUAUCCCAAAAUUGCCCAACACGACGUAAACAAAUCGACCCUCAACAUCACAAACCUUGCCUUCAGCGACCCAACCCCAACAUCAAUCCACAUCAACCAAACUCAAGUCCUAGGAAAUAAAGCAAUCUACCACCCAACCAUCUACGCAUUCAACGCUACCAUUGCCCUAGUCGGCGCAACAGCCCCUUUAGCUGUGGUACCCGUACCACGAACGGAGACUAACGAUGGCGCCGUUAUUGUCGUUGAUUCGAACCUGGAUCUGAAUAAUACAGAGGCAGUUACAAAUUUCUCCAUGGCGGUUUUGGGUUUGGAGGAGUUCCAGUUGAAUAUCUAUGGACGGCCAGUUUUGAAGGAAGGUCCUUUGCCGAAGCAUACGGUAACGUAUAAUAAGACUGUUACUAUGAAGGGACUGAACGGCCUCAAAGGCUUUGAACUCCAAGAUAUCAAAAUCUCACUCACCCCCGGCGCAGAUGGCACAAAUAUGAAUGGAACAGUUUUCAUUCCCAACCCCAGUGCCAUAACCGUUUCGAUGGGAAAUGUAACCCUCGACGUCUCCGUAAACAACACCCAAAUCGGCCAAUCCUACCUGAACGACCUCACCCUCCGACCCGGUCCAAACACAAUCCCUUUACGCUCAACCAUAAACCAAACCCAAGUCAUCGGCCUUGUUUCAGGCAAAAACGCCCCUUUCCCAUCGGGAAUCAUCCCGCUCAGUAUCCUGGGUAAUUCCAGUGUGUAUAACGGCGUCGAGAUUCCGUAUUACUCCAGGGCGUUGGCCAUGAAUCCCCUCGAGACGACGAUGAAUGUUACGCAGGUAUUGAUUAACUCAGGAUUGGGGGCGUUGGCGGGUGUUUUGUAGUUUUCUUUUGUUCUUCUGUCCAAUUUUUGAGUUUUUUGGUUACGGCUUGGAUAUCCUACCUAUUUCCUAUUUGGGUAGGGAAGUAGAGCUGUGAUACCUGCAUUGUACUCGUCGUAAUAAGUUUAUAUUCACUUGUAUGUAUUUUUAUUCAGUCUAUAUACGUAGUUAAAUUGUGAUCUACAAAUGCAUACUAUUAGGGAGAAUACAUGGAUACCUAUGUCCUUAAGG